AUGGUUAACGAUGCAAGGACGUCUCGAAUUAAACCUUCAUGGAUUGAAGGUACUCUUUGGCAAGAGAUGGUUGAUAAUUGGGAUACUGAAGAACAACAGCAAAGGAGUUCAACCUAUUCCAAAUGUCGUUUGUCUGACCGUAAUGGUCUCGGUCCUCACAUCCACUUAUCAGGACCCAAGUCAUAUAGAGAAAUCCAAGAUGAUCUGGAAGAGGAGCUGGGAAGAGAGGUCAGUAUGGGUGAAGUUUUUUUCAAAACAAAGUCGGAUGGUUCUUAUGUGGAUGGCAAGGCAGAGAAAAUUCAUCAAGCUUAUCAGCAGAAGUUGCAGGAGAAGAUGGCUGAGCUCGAGGCAGAUUCAAGUCUUUCAGAUGGUACUUCACACCGUCGGGAGCUCACCAGCGAUGAAUGUACAGCCAUCUUCCUUAAGUGCACUGAGAAGGAUUCACGAGGAACUCUGUAUGGUCUUGGAAGCCUCAAAGAUACUCUUGGCAAGGGCAAGCAACGAUCACAAACCAAAGCCUUUCUUACAUUGCAAGAGCAACUCAAGGAAGCCCAACGUCAAAUUGAAAUUCAGGCGACUCUCAAUGCUGAAGCUGCUGCUCGAGAAAAAGAGACUACUCUCCUUGUGGCUGAGCAAAAGAACGAGAUCAAAUAG